UUUCUUUUGUUUACAAUUCGGGUCCAUCAUAUGAUAGUCUUGUUAAAUUGUAUGAUUUUUAAAAAUUAAUUUUAAUUAGUGAAUCAAAUUGAUACUCCAGUUGAUUAUUUUCACAAUGGCUACAACAGGCGACGUUGAAUCUGAUAAAUCUGAGUCUAAAGACACAACUGAUUCUCCGCAAGCUGGUAAAAUUGAUAUUUUAUUGAAAGCCACAGGAGAUGCACCAAUAUUGAAAAAACGGAAAUGGCUUGUGGAAGGAGAAAAAGAUAUUGGUUUUAUUUUGAAUUUCGUUAAACAUUCUCUAAAAAUGGAGAGAAAUGAAUGUUUGUUUAUUUACAUUAACCAGGCUUUCGCACCAGCCCCGGACCAGAAGAUUAAGAAUCUUUACUCCUGUUUUGGCUCGGAUGGUAAACUCAUUUUGCAUUACUCUAAAACUCCGGCCUGGGGGUAAAGGCUUAAAACUAAUAUCGCUUUACUUUUAAUAAUGUCAAAUCUUCCGAGGGAAUAUAUUCAAUGCGAGCUUAAUUCCAAAGAAACAAUAGAUCUCAUGGAAAAGUAGAAAAUGACUAUUUAUUUAAACUCGUUUCUUUACAUAUGUUUGUCUGAAAUAAUUGGAAAAUAAUAUGAAAAAAAGUGUUGCUAUACACAUCAGUUCAUAAGCAUAAACUUUGGGGUAACCGCAAUCAUAGAUGAGAAGCAAAUUUCCGUGGAGAAAGACAAUGAUGAACUGAAGCAUCUGCAUGGUUGUUAUGUACUUUUUCCACCAAAGAUAUUUUUGUACUUUUGGACCAAAAGCUGCCAAGAAAUAAUAUGUGUACAUAACAAUAUGAAUAAAGCUAUUUAAGAAUCCAGAAAA